AUGGUAGUCAGAGCUUAUAGAUCAAAAAAGUACGAUUUUUAUAAACUCAUUAAGCCAUACACGAAUUCAUUUCUUUUUUUAAAAGUUAAUACAGAUGACAUUACAAUAUUACAAGUUAUAUUAACAUAUUUUUCUUUUUUUAUAUUAAUUUCCAUAGCAAUAUUAAUUAAAUAUGAUAACAUAAUAUUAGAUUUGGUUGUAAUACACAGUGGAUUACUUAUGUUUUAUUUUAUAUUUUCAUUAUUUAUUUAUAUUUUUAUUAAUCGUUAUUCUUAUUACACAAUUCUUUUUAUUGUUCUAUUAUCAUUUAUCCAUCUUCCUAUUUAUAUUGUAUUGUACAGAUAUGCUUUUUUUAGACCAAUAGUUAUGCUUACUUAUCUAAUUUUACAAACAUAUUUUGUACGAAAAAAUUUUGACAUGGAAAAUGACCUCAUAACUAUUUUAUGCACAAUUUUUUACUUUUUAUUUUAUCACAUUUGCAUAAAUUAA